CACUUUCAUUUUUGUUUGAACCGAACCUUAUUUUGUAAGCAUUCCAAUCAAGGGGAAUUCUGAAAACCAGCCAAUCCUGUAGGAAAUUUAUUUAUCUAUAGGAUAAAAUUGUAUUUUUACUGUUGAGAGUCCAAGCUAGCUGAUAAUAUUAAAUCGAAUAUCAAAAUCGAGGAAUCGAGCAAGGCAGCGCCGCCGACGUCGCUGCUUUACAGUCCGUCCAUAAAGCAGCGAGGCACAAUAUUUCUCGUCUGUUCGUAGAGUUUGCGUCUAAAUUUGAAUUUAGCUGGAAACAAGGAUUAUUAAAGUGAAGAUGUCUCCGCUGGACAAUUGCGAGGUGUUUGCCCAGUUGGGCGAUACGCUCAAACGCUAUGACAAAGAGUCGAAGAGGCUCAACACCUUCGUCUAUUUAAGCGGCGAUGACGAGCACAUUUCUGAGAUCUGCAAUCUGGUCAACAAAGUGCUGAUGGAGCACAACCUGGUGGUGCAACGGCCACAUGACAAAAUGAAAGACGAACUGGUCACCGAACCCUCCUCCUCUGGCACUGAAACCAUGAACGGAUUGCGCGGCGUCCUAGCCUUGCUAUUACUAAAUACCACUGACUGCCUGAAAGAGGACCGCUAUAAUCCGGAUUGCGUGCAUUUGGUGGGCCAGGUGCCACCCAUGUCCACAAUCGUGGCCCUUGCUAUUGCCCUGAAAUGCGGUCUGCAACAGCCGCUGAACGAGUGCCUGGCCUACGGACAGAGCUGCCUAGCCAGCCGGCUCUACGAUUAUCUAAACGAAAAUGUGCCCAAGUUGGUCUCCAACAAUUUUGAUGUCCUGUCGUUAUUCACGGGUUUUCUCAUGUCCGCUCGGCAGGCCAUUGCCUAUUAUAAGCAUGAUGAUGCCAGCGAACUCCUGGACCAGACGGCUAACCUCCUUCAACGCCAUCUGCUGGACAGCGCCGAUCGAUUGCGCGCACUGCUGCCAACUCCGCGCAAGCGCUACCUAGCCCUGGCCAUGAAUCAGCUGCUCGAUGUGCUGCUCGCGACCCUCCAGCAGCCCGCUGAGAAGCCACAAUAUUGGGCAAUCUAUAAGUUCAUGGAUUACGAUGAAACAUGCUCCCCAAAGCAGGAGAAUGCUGAGCCGUUGGUGAAUCGGUACUCCACGAUUCUGAUGGACGCCUUGCAGCGUGUCCUGCAGCUGGUGACCGUGGACACAUACAUGAGCUGGCUAGAGCUUGCCUCCAGCCAGAUGCUCUACAGCUACCAGGAGGUGAUCUGCUGCCAGUCAGCGGGUGUGUUGACCCUUAUCAAUAAGAACAUGCCAGAACUGGGCGAUCACUUGAUUUGCGGACAACUGAAAAACUUCGCCGGAGCGGCCAAGUCGUUAAAAACGCGCCUGGCAGAACUUAGUUUGCGCGAACUAUUGCGCUUCCUGGACGGUGAUAGGGGCGAAAUAACCGAGGCGCAGACCCUGGCCGGACUGGAAGAACUCUUUCAGCGUCCCAUUUGUUUUGUUAGUGACGAGUGCGUGGACACCAUGUCGAAACAUGUGAAAUUCCUGGGAUACGAUCACAUCAAAUUGAUAUUCAGCCAUAUGGCCGAAUAUCUGGCCGAGGAGGCAGAGGAUGAUACCCUGAGCCUUGCAGAGAAAAAGCAGCAGAGAAGCCAAUACAAUGCCGUGGUGCGUCAGGUCGCGCAUCUCAUCUAUAUCGGAUCCAGUGUGGAAACUAAGCAGAAGAUACUGCAGCUUCGCGAUGAGCUUGGGCUCACCACGGCGUUCCCUUUUUGCAAUCGGGCCUCCAACCCGCGUCGCGUUCUCUUCUUUAACCGGCUCGACAGCCAGCCUGACCGGGCGAACCUUUCAGAGUUUCUGGAUAUUUGCUACGAGGACUCGCAGAUGGCCUGGCAGGCACUGGCCGAGCUGGCCAUGUCACAUUCACGUUUCAUGGACAUAUUCUGGAACCUCGCCUGCCAGCUCGCCCCCCACGCCAUUCACUACAUGAAGAGCACCACCGCGCACAUCUUCAAAGAUGACUACAUGAUAACGCGCCCGAACUCCACGGACUUUCUGCUCUCCCUGUACGCGUAUCCGUUGAUACUGAACGGCAUGAAGACUGGCCUACACACCCCUUCGAGUCGUAGCUUCAGUGAACGGGUCAACAAAGGUUUGUGCAACUACAACCUGAAUCUACAGCCGGGCGCAAUGCCCUACAGUGUCGAGCAGCUGCAGGCCGCCCAGUCCGGAUACCUGGAGGCCCUUGCCACGGGACUGGCCAAGUUCACCGACUCGAAUCACAUUCAUCUCAUCGAGUGCAUCCUGCACAAUCUUCUAAAUGUCGAAUCAGCCGAUGAAUACAUCCAAAUGAACGGCAAGGAGCAAAUUGAGGAAAUGACCAGGGAUAAGGCAUCGGCAGCCAGCGUGAAAGUGGCCAAAACCUAUGUCAAAAUGCAUGCCCAUCUUAUCCAAUGGCGCAAGAACAGUUGGCCAGUGUUGUCGCAGCUAAUGAAGACCAUAGACGCCCUGCGCUGGACUAUACCGACCUUCGACCAGAUCCGCGUCGAUGUCCUCAACCUGGCUGUAAGUUACUAUAAAAAUAAUUCGCCGACCAUCCUGAGCGGAGACCCUGAACUCAUCCAGAAGAUGCUGGGCCAGGUGGACACUUCGGUGCAGGGUGAACGCUGGAAGAUAACAAACAUUUUGUCGACAGAUCGUGACUUUGCGGAUAAAUGCAUCAUACUCAUAAUGCAGUCGAGCGCCAUAGAGGCGACUAACCUGUUUUUUAAGGCCAUCGAAAACAAGACCGAUUGCGCCAUCAUGGCGGAGAUCUCGCGGCAAAUCGACUUGUGCGACGCACCGCAGGCAAAAGCUGCCUAUAGAUUCUUCUUCCGCAACUACAUGUAUGCCUUCAUGAGAUACAUAGAACAGUCGAAGCCCGCGAAGUCUGAUCGCCUUGCCGAUCACAUACGGGAUAUUGUGGCCCUGGCGCCGAGCAAAUGCCGCUUUGAGCAUUCGGCCAUAACCGCGCGGAUGAUCCUAAACAUGCUCGUGGCGAAAAACGUAGAGGGCUUGGAUCGUAUGCAUAACGUUUCAUAGACCGACCAUUCCGGACUGGAGUAAAUUAAUGGAGAGAGGAAAAAUGCACAGGGCUGCUGUUUUGAUUAAGCUUUGAGCUUCGAUUUGAAAUCGCCAAGGUUAAGUUAACUAUAACUAUUUUUUUUUUCACUUAUCUUUUAUUGAUACGUACAUACACACUAUGACUUUUGUUAAUAUUUUAAAACCUAUUAAUACUCAUUUGAAGUUCAAAUUUGGCGCCAAUGAACAUAUGGCAGCCCCGUCUCUUAAUAGGACUGCCAUACCA